AUGUCGGCUGUCAUCUCGGACCAUGCUCAGCCUGACUCUUCUGCUACCGGAUCCGACCCCUCACAGUUCCGUCCUGCAUCACCAUCCUCAAGAAAUUCGCAAUCACCCUCUCCUCAGAUGGAGCAAGUCGCACAGUCGAGACCGGCCCGAGGCUCGACACCAGGCGAUACAACUGAUCGCUUAGCCGUGGGUACGGCGCAGACGACGGCCGUCGAUGAUGCCUCCACCCCGCGUCCAUCGCAAAAGAGCCAUGGCGCAACGCAAGAAGUCAACAAGCGGAGCGUGGACUACUUACUACGAAGUGGAGUGGCGGGGGGUUUGGCGGGAUGUGCGGCCAAAACCGUUGUUGCUCCUCUCGAUCGCGUUAAGAUUCUGUUUCAAGCGUCCAAUCCACAAUUCGCUAAAUACUCCGGUAGCUGGUUUGGCUUAAUAUCGGCUGUUCGCGAUAUCAGACGCCACGAGGGCCCUAGGGGUCUCUUCAAGGGCCACUCAGCGACAUUACUCCGCAUUUUCCCCUAUGCCGCUAUCAAGUUCCUCGCCUACGAGCAAAUUCGGGCAGUGGUGAUUCCGUCGCGCGACAAAGAAACGCCUCUGCGCCGACUUGUCUCUGGAAGCAUGGCCGGCAUGACGUCUGUCUUUUUUACGUAUCCGUUAGAGCUUAUUCGAGUACGCUUAGCAUUUGAGACGAAACGCACGUCUCGCUCUUCAUUCCGCGACAUCAUUCGACAGAUUUACAACGAGCGGAUCACUAUGCCAUCAUCGACGGGGGCAUCAAUAUCGGAAGCCCCAGUGACCGCCACUGCAGAGAGUGUCUCAUCGACGGUGAAUAAAGUUGUUCCGCGUUCUGGACUGGCCAACUUCUACCGUGGAUUCGGCCCGACUCUCAUGGGAAUGCUUCCCUACGCCGGAAUAUCCUUCCUGACUCACGAUACCGUCGGCGACUGGCUGAAAUCGCCGAUGCUUUCUCCCUACACCACGAUACCUGAACAUGAAGAAACUGGACACCCGAAGAAACAUCACCGGCAGCAACUGACAGCUGCCGCGGAGCUUUUCUCCGGAGCGAUCGCGGGUGUUGUGUCGCAGACUUCUUCGUAUCCGUUCGAAGUGAUGCGACGACGCAUGCAAGUCGGCGGUGUCGUCGGCGAUGGCCACCGACUCGGCAUUGUCGAGACUGCCCGUACGAUAUUCCUCGAACGGGGCUUCCGGGGGUUCUGGGUUGGGCUGACGAUCGGAUACCUCAAGGUGAUCCCGAUGACAGCCACCGGGUUUUUCGUUUAUGAUCGGUUGAAGGGAAGACUUGGCAUUUAG